AUGAAGUAUAAUCUUAGCAUAAUGGGUCUCGCUCUCAGCGUCACCAGUACCAUCGCAUUCCCUUCACGCAUGUUUGAUACUGCUCAGUCGAUGAGUGAGGAAGAGAAGCGUUCUCUUGCUAGUAUCACUGCCCGGAUCGAAGCUGGAAUCGAGAAGCGAGUAUCACAACCUCGCUCGUUUGGAUUUUCCGCAACCGACCAAUACGUAUCCAAUUCAGGUCAACAUGCAUUUGCUGCACCGGGGCCCAAUGACAUACGUGGUCCAUGUCCUGGACUCAAUGCUAUGGCAAACCAUGGGUACAUUCCUCAUGAUGGAGUAGCAACCAUUCCACAAUUCGUGCAAGGAGUUUAUGAUGUAUUCGGUAUGGGAGUUGAUCUCGGAACUUUCCUCGCUAUUUAUGGCGCUGUCUUCGAUGGCGAUUUGACAAGUUGGUCUAUUGGGGGACCUCCAACUGCAAGCCUGCUGAGCUCAGUUGGGCUUCUCGGCGCACCACAAGGAAUCUCAGGCUCACAUAAUAAAUAUGAGUCUGAUGCCUCACCUACACGUCCAGAUCUCUAUCAAUAUGGCAAUGAUUACAAGUUGAUCAUGUCUCAAUUCGAAGAAAUGUACGCCCUGCCUCCAGGCCCGAAUGGUUACGAUUUAUCAGUCUUAACACCUUUCCGCGCAACUCGUCACCAACAAUCCAUUGAUAACAAUCCAUAUUUCUUCAAUGGGCCAUUCUCUGGAAUUGCCGCACAACCUGCAGCUUACACUUUCAUAUAUCGAUGUAUGGCUAACAAAUCCACCGAAUAUCCGGAAGGUUAUCUAAAUGGCGAUGUUUUGAAGUCAUUCUAUUCUAUUACCGGAGAACCAGGUAGCUUUACAUGGACGGAAGGACAUGAGAAAAUCCCUGACAAUUGGUACAAACGCGCUAUCGGCGACGAAUAUGGCAUUGGACCUUACUCACUCGAUGUCUUCAACGCUGCCGUGGAGUACCCAGAGUUCCUUUCUGUUGGAGGAAAUACCGGCACAACCAACUCUUUCACUGGUGUCGAUAUCAAGAAUCUGACAGGUGGUGUAUAUGACGUUACAACUCUGGCGGAAGGAUAUAAUGCUAUUUGUUUCGCAUUUCAAUUUUCUCAACAGGCUGCACCAGAUAUUCUCAAGGGCUUAUUGUCCAAUACUGCUUCUGCCUUGAGCCAGCUGAACUCGGCGGUUUCUAACGCGUUGAAGUCCCUUAACUGUCCCCAAAUGGAGUCGGUUGAUACUAGUCAGUUCUCGAAAUACCCUGGUGCAGCUGGUGCUUAUUAG